AUGGCACUUAAAGUAACAAAAAUCAAGGACUACAUCGUCCAGGUAACCGGAAAGUACAAUUUCAUUCUUAACGAAAUUGUCCGCUUUCCCAACCAAACCCGGGGCAUUGUCAUGCGUGCCAACGAACAAAGCGCUGACAUCGCUCUUUUUGAAGUUUCCAUCGUUGAGCCCAUCCAAGUCGGUGACACGUGCAAACCGACUGGUCGCGAAUUUGAAAUUGAGUUUACCGAGCAGGUGAUGGGUAAUAUCAUCAACAUUGAUGGCGAGCUGAUGACUGCUCACCGCUCACAAACGCGCUCUAGUUCCAAAGUGCGUCGGCCAAUUUUCCGAAUUGCACGACCGAUUUACGCUCGCGACUUCGUUAACCAGCCUCUAAUGACUGGGUUAGCGGCGGUUGAUUGGGCGAUUCCGAUCGGACGUGGGCAAAGGGAGUUGAUUUUGGGUGACCGUCAAACUGGUAAAACCGCCAUUGCUCUUAAUGCGAUGGUGGCUCAAAAAGGUUCCAACACCAAAGUUAUUUACGUGGCGAUUGGUCAGAAAAAGACUUCCGUGCUCAGCGUUUACCGCAAACUAGAGCAGGGCGGCGUUUUAGAGAAUUCUCUCAUUGUCAGCGCUUCGGCCGAAACGGUCGCGACUAAGAAAUGGUUAGCGCCGUUUGUGGCCGUCACAAUCGCCGAGUAUUUGCAAGAGACUUACGGCGAUGACGUUUUGAUCGUUUACGACGAUUUGUCCAAACACGCUGACGCUUACCGUGAGUUAGCGCUUCUGAUUCGUUCAGCGCCAGCUCGUGAAGCUUACCCGGGCGACAUCUUCUACCUUCACUCCAAACUUCUUGAGCGCGCCGGUCGUUUCAACGAUAACUUUGGAGGCGGUUCGAUUACCGCGCUACCAAUUGUUCAAACCGAAGCCGGCGACAUUACUUCCUACAUUCCAACCAACGUUAUCUCAAUUACCGAUGGGCAAAUCUUCACUUCUAAAACGCUUUUUAACUCCGGUCAACGUCCGGCGAUUGACGUGCCUUUCUCGGUUUCUCGGGUUGGUUCGGCCGCUCAAACCAAAGCGCUGGCCAGCGUAUCGGGUGGUUUAAAGUUGACCAUUUCACAAUACGAAGAAACUCGCAAACUAGCCCGCCUGACCGGCGGAGCCCAAGGACAAAACGCAACUAUUUUGGAAAACGGUCGCGUGUUGACAGCGCUAUUAAUUCAGCCUGAACUGGACGUGCUCUUUUAUGAAACUGGCACUUUGCUCUUGACACUCUACAAACAUGGUUACCUCAACUUUUUUGAAGCAACCCACGAAAUCGUCUUCAUUAAGAAACUGCUCAACACUUACUUAGAAAACGAUUUCCUUGGCCGCCAUAUUCGCAAAAUGAUUGCGACAAGCGAGGUCAAACCAGCUUUUUCUGAACUGGUUAACCGCGAGAUUGUUUUGCCGAUGCUCAAGUACUUCUUAAUCAUGCAGUAUCCGCACAUCCGUAAGAACGACCGCUUUGUGGAACUUUACCGCGACAUUCGCGACGACGGGCGAAUUUACAAAAACGUGGCGCGCAACUUAGGAGGUCAAUAA